AUGUCCAAAACCGUUAAGUUGGGGUCCCGCUUGCGGUACCCCAUCACCAUCGUCAAACUGCUCAAAUCGCCCGGCGAUCCGAUCAAGAAGCAGGAGCCCGUUCUCACGUACUCCUUCAAGUGGAUGAGGGAGGUUGGCGAUUCGAUCCGCGGCGAGACAUGGCAAGUAGAGCAGACAACCGUGGUCACCUGGGAAUCGCCCGCCGAGGGCGACCUUACAAAGUGGCUGAUCAAGGAGGGCCAGUACAUCACAGCGGAUACACCCUGUCUGGUAGUCAAGGAGUCCUGCCCACACGAUAUCCAAUUUCAGGGUUUGUGCGGCAUCUGCGGCAAGGACAUGACCGAGGUCAACUGGGCUGCCGAAACGCAAGACACAGAACGCGCCCCGAUUAGCAUGGUCCACGAUCAGACCAACCUACGGGUCGGUGCUGAACACGCGCAAAGAGUUGAGCAGGAACUUCAGCGUCGACUUCUCCAGAGUCGGAAACUCAGCCUGGUAGUCGACUUAGACCAAACCAUCAUCCAAGCUUGCAUCGAUCCUACCGUCGGCGAGUGGCAGCGUGAUCCCACGAAUCCCAACCACGACGCGGUCAAGGACGUUAAGUCAUUCCAGCUUGAUGACGGUCCGUCAGCUCUUGCUAGGAAGUGCUGGUACUACAUCAAGAUGCGCCCCGGCCUUGAGGGUUUCCUAAAGCGCAUCUCCGAAAUGUAUGAGCUGCACGUCUACACCAUGGGCACACGUGCCUACGCACAGAACGUGGCACGUGUUGUCGAUCCCGAUCGGAAGCUGUUCGGAAACCGUGUCAUCAGUCGCGACGAGAACGGCAAUAUCUACACAAAAAGCUUGCAGCGUUUGUUCCCUGUGAGCACAAACAUGGUUGUUAUCAUCGACGACCGUUCGGAUGUGUGGCCUCGAAACCGACCGAACCUGAUCAAGGUCUCGCCAUACGAGUUCUUCAAAGGCAUCGGAGAUAUCAACUCUAGCUUCUUACCGAAACGGCAGGACCUGCUGACGGCCGAGCCCAAGAUUAAUGGUGUGGGAAAGAGGGAGGAUAAGAAGGUCGUAUUCGCGAAUAACGAUAAGAAUGACGCAGCGGCACGUCAAGCCAUCGUCAAUGGUCAGGAGGAUGUGGCACUCACCCAGAGACAGCUUGAAGACCAGGAGCGUCAAUUGGAGAAACAGCUUAAGGACAGGCCACUUCAACACUUGCAGGAGCAACUGGACCGUGAAGAUGAAGAAGCCGAGAAAGCCUCGGUUCAAUCAGAAGACGGAUCCGAGUUGCGCUCAUCGUCUCCUCCGCCACAUCGACAUCGGGUUCUCCAAGAUGAUGACAACGAGCUCGAGCACCUUGAGAGACACCUCCGGACACUGCAUGCUGCUUUCUAUGCUGAAUAUGAUGCCCUGCGGGAGAAGCACCAUGUGGACGCACAUAUUGACUUUGCAGCGGUUCCGGACGUUGGUGCCAUUCUCGAUGAACUCAAGAGUAGAGUGCUGCGUGGCUUCAAAAUUGUGCUUUCUGGUGUGUUGCCGAGGAAUGUCGACAUUUACGAAUCGGAGAUCGGCCUGCAAAUCAUGAGUUUUGGAGCCGAGCUCCGCCCGAGCAUCACGUCUGACGUAACCCAUCUCGUCGUGAAUGUCCAGCAACCAGGAAUAGAGAAGCUGAUGGCGGCCAGGCGCCGUCCUCAUAUCAAGAUCGUCAGUCAGCAAUGGCUGGCUGACUGCUUCAGUCGAUGGGAGGCGGUGGACGAGACACCUUAUUUGUUUACUGCCCGGCUUGCUGACGAGGUUGUGGACCACUUGAAGGACGAAAUUAGCGAUGCAGACGACGAGGACACGGAAAAUAAGACCCCCAACGGCAAAGUCGGGCGGCGCAGGCCGCUCAAGCUCAAGCUGAUAGAUCCAACUGGGCAGGCGACUGAUGUUGAGCAGGCCAUCGAAGAUGAAGAUGGCCUCGAAGAUGAGGAUGGGUUGAUUCCUGAUGACAUUGAGGAGGGUCAGCCAUCACCUAUCGAUGGGCUCAAGACUUUCAACUGGGGUGAUGCUGACGAGGAACUCAAUGAGUUUCUCGCAAGCGGCUCGUCGGAUGAAGAUGAAGACGAGGAGGAUGACGAGGACUACGUGCCCAAGGAGGAUGAAGAAGAUGAGUCGUCAUCAGAGGACUCUGGGUCCCACAAUAGCGGAAGCCGGAGCGCCACCCCCAGCGGGAGCCCGAGCAGAAAACGCAAGCUAUCUGAAGAGAUCGAGGAAGAUGACGAAAACAAUUCGACCGCAUCAAGUAUAACACAGGAGGCUGAGCAGCAAGCUAAACGCCUCCGGAGGACAAAGUCCCCGUUGCCAUCAACCCUUCGGGCUGAAUAUGCUGCUGGCGAGAAGGGCACCACGGAGGAGAGUGUGCUGCCCACGCCCAGCGGCACGGGCGAUGAAGUCGAUGAACAACAGUCUGGCGCUGCCGGCAGCGAGCAGAAGCAGUCAGAGGAAGUUGAUGAUGAUGAUUUUGAUGAAGCCGCUCUGGAGGCGGAGCUCGAGGCCGAGUUUGAGGCCGAGCUGCAUGGUAUCAUGGCCGAAGAAGCGGCCGCAGAGAAUCAUUUAGAAGGGCAGGAGCUAGAGAAGGGUUGA